UUUAGCUGUUAUCUUUUGUAAAUAGUGCUUCACUGAUCUUCUGUGUGGUGAUUCAGUCGGGUUGGAAUGUUUGCAGAACACCUCGUGUUUAACUGUGAAAUACUACGCCUUCCUCUCAGCUAGAAAGUGUAGAUGAUGAAACACUUAAAUUUAAAAAUAAUGUUUUAAAAUCUACUUUAAAAUAGGGUAUGUUUAAGAUUUUGUUGGAAUCAAAUUUCUAAGAUCUACAAAAAAAGCACACUCCAUACCAAUGCACAAAGCCACUUACGGACAUUUUCUUGAAGGCCUAAUUGUCUUGCAUUUUCAACACUUUAGGUAUUGUACCUUUUAAAUGUUCCAACUUGCUGUAUCUGCCUUUUGCUCCAUCUGUUAAACAAGUGUGGCAGACUGAGGUCUGUUAAUAUGACCAGUGUCUUGCUGGCCUAUGAGGAGAGACAGAUUCCCUUAGGGACCACAGGUGGAGUGGAGCUCAGGGGACAGGCUCCUCUGGGCUCCUGAACCUCUGUGUGUGAAUGGCCCUCCUGCUCAGCACAAACUCAGGCCCUCAGGCUGCACUUUAAACUGGGAUAUAUCAUCACUGCAGGACCUGCAUACGUUCUGUCAGCAGGAGCCCUGAAAACUUCAAGAACAUGUACUCCUAAACUCCAGUCUUUAAUCAUCAAAAAUGCCAGUCUUCAGGGAUAUGCUGCUGUUUGUGGCAAUCGUUUCCAUCUCGGCGUCAGUCCAUUGUCAAAAAUUGCCAAGUUUUGAUCUGCUGGAGGAGUUCCAUGUUCCUGAGUCGAAAGGAGUGAAGAGAGUGGAUGGGUCUGAAGCUGAGGCAGUUGCCUACCGCAUCAACCCGUCCGUUCAUUUGCAGAAGACACUGAGUGAUGUGUAUCCAGAUGGACUUCCCACUGAAUACUCCAUUAUCACAACAUUUAAAGUGACCAAUGACACUGCUCAAACGUCCUGGAACCUUUGGCAAGUCAGUGACCCAGAAGGACGAGAACAAGUCGGCCUGCGUUUCCAGCCUGAUGGACAGUCGUUGGACUUUUUUUACACUGGUCCACAGGGGACACAGAUGGUCAGGACUUUCCAAGGUUUGCAAAAAUUGUUUAACAGAGAGUGGCACAAGUUGGCUCUGAGCCUAAAGGGCAGCCAAGUAAGGCUGCUGAUCGACUGCAAGGAGAUCAGAGUGGAGAGCAUCGAUGAGCCAAGGCCAGUCAUCCGAAAAGGCUACACAUCCAUCGUGAAACGGGCUGCAAGAGACCGAUCCGCUUCCGUGGAUCUCCAGCAGAUGCAAGUGUCAUGUGAUCCAGAGCAGGCUUAUUCAGAGAGCUGCUGUGAGCUCUCCGGUGUGUGCGGGGGAUAUGCAGAGAUCGGCCUCACAGCUGGAAGAGCAACUUGUAAAUGCCUGCAUGGACAGCCAGGACUUCAGGGCUCUCCAGGGCCAAAGGGUCACAGAGGGCUUCCAGGAAAACCCGGAGACCAAGGAAGACUGGGCAACUGGGGAAUCCGUGGCAACACAGGGGACUACGGAAACAUUGGUGAGACGGGACCAAAGGGCGAGCAAGGAAUCAAAGGAGAAAAAGGGAUGAGAGGAUCCUGGGGACAAAGGGGAGAGAGAGGUCCGCAAGGGCUGAAAGGACUAAAAGGAUCUGCGGGCUUUAAGGGAAUUCGUGGACUUACUGGAGACAAUGGAGAGGCUGGGAAAGCAGGGGAAGUGGGCACUAAAGGGCUUCAAGGAUAUCCAGGGAUUCCAGGGUUUGAAGGAGUGAAGGGCCAAAAAGGGAAUUCUGGGGCUACGGGGCGGCCCGGACCCAGAGGAAAGCAGGGUAUUGUAGGGGAUCCUGGAGAAAGGGGAGCUCCUGGAGAGAAGGGAAGGCCUGGUAUCCAAGGACCUGUAGGCAGAGCUGGGACUAUUGGAUCAAAAGGUAUUAUUGGAGAUCCGGGUUUACCUGGCAGAGAUGGUGAUCCAGGAAUAGAGGCAUAUCAAGGACCCCAGGGUCUCAGUGGAAAACCUGGGCGUAGCGGUGGAAAGGGAGAGAAGGGCACCCUGGGGCCAGCAGGAGAAAUGGGUCCCCAAGGCCAAACUGGGCUGAGAGGUUACAAAGGUUCGGCGGGAAAGCCAGGAAGACCUGGAUUUAUUGGUCCACCUGGACCUACUGGUCACGUGGGUGUACCUGGAAAACCAGGAAUCAAGGGUGACACAGGAAUACAAGGAAUUAAAGGAGUUAAAGGUGCAGAGGGAGCAAAAGGAGUGAAAGGUCUAAAUGGAAGGGUUGGAGACAGAGGUGAGCCAGGUGCUCAGGGAGGCAGGGGGAAGCGUGGUCCUGCAGGCCUACCCGGUCGUUCAGGUCCUGUUGGAGGAAAAGGGAUUCGAGGUGAAGGAGGACCUGAUGGAUUUCAGGGACUCCCAGGACCGCCUGGCCCAACGCUUCCAGCUGAACAUGUGAUUGAGGUCUGUAAGAAAGUGGUCCUGGAGCAGAUGUCCACCUUUGCCAACUCAGUAAAGAGGACGUGUGCUGCAGUUUGUCCUCUCUACGGGGACGUUCCCAUGGGCGCCCCCGGUCCCCCCGGACAGAAAGGACCCACGGGACCUCCUGGUGACCCUGGUACUGAUGGUGUUGCUGGGGAAAUGGGCCUGCCAGGAUUCUAUGGAGAAGGUGGUGAGCCAGGUCGACAAGGAGAAUCAGGUGACAGAGGAGAGCAUGGUGAUAAAGGAGUCAAAGGUUAUGGCAUUCCUGGCUUCACCGGCGAUCAGGGACCAAAUGGUCAGCGUGGGCGUCCCGGCAGAGCCUUUAAUGGUCAGCCUGGAAAACCGGGUGAAAGGGGACAUGCAGGCCGGCCGGGGCUCAGGGGCCACCCAGGUCUCAGGGGCCCCCCAGGCGUCUGUGUGACCUCUGGAUGCGCUGAGCAGAACUCACUGCUCAGUGGGACACGCCAGCCAGCACCACAGAGGCUGAGAAAUCGCUCCUUAAAAGUCGGGAGUAAAAGGGGGGUCGGAGGGUGGAUGGGAAGACAUACAGAAACAGAAGACAGAGAGAGCGUCUACAAAGGGCAGGCUCUUAUUCAGCUGAGAAACAUGUGCGCUUCUUUCCAGGUCCAGUUUCUGCAAACGCAGGGCUCCGAGCGGUGCACCGUUAAAAAUCAAGACAGCUGCAUGAUGGGUUGCAAAACGUUUUCCAUGCAUUGGCUUCUAAGAUGCCUGUGCUUUGUGCUUCUGACUUUGAUCAGUGCAGCGCAAGAUGAAAACUUGAGAAGCUGCAGGACCGCUCCAUGUGAUCUAGUUUUUAUUUUAGAUGGCUCAUGGAGUGUUGAGGAUGUCAACUUUGAAAUUGUAAAGCGAUGGCUUGUCAACAUCACAACCAGCUUCAACAUUGGACAGAAGUUUACUCAGGUCGGUGUGGUCCAGUAUAGUGAUGACCCAAUUUUAGAAAUACCUCUGGGGAAAUUCUCCUCAAACAAAGAUCUUAUCAAAGCAAUGCAACAGAUUGACUACAUGGGAGGAAACACAAGGACGGGGACUGCCAUUAAGUUUGCCACUGACAAAUUGUUUGGACUCUCUGAAAGGGGCCCAGCAGGCAUUUCCAGAAUUGCUGUUGUCCUCACAGAUGGGAAAUCUCAAGAUGAGGUCAUGAAAGCAGCCGAGGAAGCAAGAAAAAAAGGGAUAAUUCUGUUUGCAAUUGGAGUUGGGCCAGGGACAGAAGAGAACGAGUUGAGGGACAUUGCAAACAAACCUUCCACAACUUACGUAUUCUCUGUUGAGGACUACAAGGCAAUUACCAGGAUUAUACAGGUCAUACGUCAGAAACUGUGUGAAGAGACAGUUUGUCCAGCAAAAAUUCCCAUAGAUUCCCGUGACGAGAAGGGCUUUGAUAUUCUGUUAAAUUUAAACUUAGCUAAGAAAACUAAAAAAACACAAGGAUCAUUUUACGGCACUAAAGCCUAUGAAGUCACAUCUUUUGUUGACUUGAGUGAAGCUACAAGGAGCCUUUUUCCUGAUGGCUUCCCUCCAUCAUAUGUUUUUGUGGCCACACUGAGGUAUAAAGGAUCUGUAACCAUGGAGAAGUGGGACCUGUGGAGAAUACAGACCCAUGACGGAGAUCCUCAGAUGGCAGUGACUCUAGACGGUCUGGAUAAUACUGUCAUGUUCACAACAACCAGUAAUACACCAAAUACAAUACAAACUGUUACAUUUUCACAACAGACUGCAAGGAAGCUGUUUGAUGAAAAGUGGCACCAGCUGCGGCUACUGGUAACCGAAGAGGAUGUUACUCUUUAUGUUGAUGACCUUCAAAUGGAGACGCAGCCUCUCGAGCCCUCUGUUGGCAUUUUCAUCAAUGGAAAAACCCAAGUUGGAAAAUAUGUAAACAAGGAAACAACUGUGCCUUUUGAAAUCCAGAAACUUCGCAUUUACUGUGACCCUGAGCAGAACACCAGAGAGACUGCAUGUGAAAUACCUGGAGUUUGCUCCAACCAUGCUGAUUACACUGAACCAACACCAGAACCUUGUGCUUGUCCUCCUGGACCUCCUGGACCACCAGGAACAGCAGGGGGAAAAGGAAGCUCGGGUAUCCCUGGACAACCUGGACCUGCUGGUGCUGAUGGUAAGCCUGGUAUUCCUGGCCUUAGAGGACUUCCUGGGCUUCCAGGUCCACCAGGACUUAAGGGGGCACGAGGAGCAGAUGGGUACAAAGGCGAGCAAGGGAGACCUGGUGUUAUGGGCGAACGGGGUAUGCCUGGAUUACCUGGACUGCCAGGGCAGCAAGGAGAGAAGGGUGCAGUAGGUUUACCAGGAAUUGCAGGGUUGCCUGGUACACCUGGUCAAUUGGGUAUAAAAGGAAGCAUAGGACCUCCUGGGCCACCAGGUAUUCCUGGAAAUCCUGGUUUUCCUGGGAGAGAUGGAAAAGAUGGGAUUCAAGGAAGUCCCGGUCAAAAGGGUGAAGCUGGAGCCAUCGGUAUUCCUGGUUCAGACGGAAGACAAGGCCAUCCUGGUGUUCCUGGUUUGCCAGGAAAUGCAGGCCUGAACGGACAAAAGGGAGAAACUGGUGAGCCUGGACCAAAAGGAAUCAAAGGAUCAGCUGGCCUAUCUGGGGAAUUUGGCUUACCUGGUGAACCCGGCAUGAAGGGACCAGUUGGACCCAAGGGCAACAAAGGUGAAAGUGGAAAACCUGGGAUGAGAGGAUCACAAGGGCUUGUGGGGAACACAGGGGAACCAGGAUUACCAGGUCAACCUGGACACCCAGGCAUGCCAGGCCUGAAGGGAAGCAAGGGAGAAAGAGGAAACACGGGUGAAACAGGAGUGAUGGGAGUGAAAGGUGAUCAAGGAGAACCUGGACGACCAGGAGUUCCGGGAUCACCUGGCCCAGUGGGAUUCAAGGGGGAGAAAGGGACAGCAGGGGAUCCAGGACACAGAGGGCCAGAAGGUCAAAUGGGACGGCCUGGACAACCAGGUCAGUCAGGGCCAACUGGGCCCCAAGGUGUACGAGGGGACACAGGCCCCCCUGGGCCACCAGGACCCGAAGGCAGAUCUACGAGUGCAAUGUCAGACAGUCACAUUCGGCAAAUCUGCAGAGACAUUAUUAGAAGUGAGCUGCCUUUAUUACUGCUAAGCAACCAGCAGAGUAGCUGCACAAGAUGUCAAGGGCAGCCGGGGUCACCUGGUGCACAAGGUCCAGCUGGUCCCCAAGGACUCAGAGGCCUUCCUGGACUUAGUGGUUCCAGAGGACAAGCUGGCCGUCCAGGGCGUCCAGGGGUUAUUGGGCUGAAAGGAGAACCGGGUUACAAAGGUGAGAAGGGGAGCCCUGGUCAAGUUGUGGUUGGGGAUCAGGGACCUCCUGGACCUCCAGGGCCUGUUGGUCCCCAGGGGCACAGCAAACCAGGUCCUCCUGGUAAGCCAGGACUUCCUGGUCAAAACGGAGCAGAGGGUAAACCAGGUAAUCCCGGUGUCCCUGGCCAUCCCGGGGUAUGUGACCCAUCCCUGUGCUAUGCUAGCAUAAUGAGAAGGAGUUCCUUCAGCAAAGGCCCAAACUAUUGAUGGAUUCCAGUGUCACUAACGCCUCAAAUCUAAAGCUGAUGUGGAACAAACAGCCAUUCUCAGGAAGAUUUAAUCUCUACAGUUUCUCUUUGUCAUGAAAACUAAAAGUACCUCUUCAACUUUUUUGUGAUCUCAUUCAUCAUUGUAUAUGUUUUUAAUAUGUGUAUUGAAUAUAUUGAAGAAUAUUAUUGUUCUUUGUCUUUUAACAUUAUUCUUGAGGUUUUCAGGGUGUUAGGAGAACUGAAAAUUGGCUCAUUUGAAUACCUCCAUCUGGGCACCUUGAAACCUUGUAUGUCAUUGUGGCUGGUACACUUCCCUAUAGCGCCCCCUGGUGUUGCUUCAGUGCAUGACGCUUUCUACCAACUUCACAACACUGUCAGUGGGUGCUAUUUAAAGUUUGAAACUAAAUAAAACUGUUAUAUAAAUUACAUGUUUUGCUGUUAAUCUUGACAUACCUUUUCUGUAAAACUGGCAUGGUUUAAUUUUGUCUUACUGAUUAUGAUCUCCUGUGAGCAUUUUUUUAAACCUUUUCAAGCAGCUAUAUUGUGUAUUUUCUGAGAUAAAAUUAGACUGUUCCCCACAACAGUUAGAAGUCUUUAAAAUGUCACCUCUUUAUAUAUAGGAUGGAAAAUUUCCCCCAAGAAAUGUGACAUUUUUGACAUUUUACUUCAUUUACUCUCCCCAGGUUCAGUUUUAAUUUCUGUAUUAGGUAUUGUAUUGUUAUUUAUAAGAGUCAUAUAUGUGCAUUGCAACAGUGAUGCAUCUUUAACACAUUUGUAAUGUAGAUAUUUGGUGACUUUUGUGCGUUUUUGUCAUUUUUCAAAAAACUAGAAUUAAAAUUUUAGAACAA